UGACCGCCGCGGCCCCCGCACGACACGCGCCGGUUUGCGGGACAGAAGUGACAGCAGAGGGACAGCUGAGCAUCACUGCACGAUACUCACAACACAUUGGUAUGGCUGAGAAAUCUCUGGAGCCUGGAACUGUUUCCAUUCCCAUGGAGGAGACUAUACGCAAUGGGGGAGGCCAAGAGCCACCGCUGCUGACGCACCUAAAGAAGGUGGAGAACCACAUCACAGAGGCCCAGCGUUUCUCCCACCUCCCCCGCCGCUCCGCUGUGGACCUGGAGUUCAUUGACCUGUCCUACACCAUCCGUGAGGGGCCCUGGUGGAGGAGGAGAGGCUACAAGGCCUUGCUCAAGUGUCUGUCGGGGAGGUUCUGCAGUCGGGAGCUGAUUGGCAUCAUGGGGCCCUCGGGGGCCGGCAAGUCCACCCUUAUGAACAUCCUGGCUGGGUACAGGGAGACAGGAAUGAAAGGGCAGAUCCUGGUGAACGGGAAGCCCCGGGAUCUGCGUACCUUUCGUAAGAUGUCUUGCUACAUCAUGCAAGAUGACAUGCUGCUGCCACACCUCACCACACGAGAAGCCAUGAUGGUGUCUGCUAACCUAAAGCUUAAUGAGAGCAUGGAUGUGAAAAAAGAGUUGGUGAAGGAAAUCCUGACAGCACUGGGAUUAGAAGAGUGUGUUCACACCCGCACCACCUCGCUUUCGGGGGGCCAACGCAAGCGUCUGGCCAUCGCCCUAGAGCUGGUCAACAAUCCCCCUGUUUUGUUCUUUGAUGAGCCUACCAGCGGCUUGGACAGCACCUCCUGCAUCCAGGUGGUCUCCCUCAUGAGGUCCUUGGCCCAGGGUGGACGAACCAUCAUCUGUACCAUCCACCAACCCAGCGCCAAGCUCUUCGAGAUGUUUGAUAAGCUUUACAUUCUGAGCCAGGGCCAGUGCAUCUAUAAGGGGACUGUACCAUACCUCAUCCCCUACCUGAAGAGUCUGGGCCUCCACUGCCCCACUUACCACAACCCUGCUGAUUUCAUCAUUGAGGUGGCCUCAGGCGAGUAUGGAGAUCUGAACCCUGUGCUGUUUGAGGCUGUCCAGGGAGGACUCUGCUCAGGAGAGGGGAAGAAAAAUUCCAGUGAUAAGAAUGAUCCUGCCUCUUCCAGCCUUUCCCAGUGUCACAAUGAUUCAGGGUACAUUGAGAAACAUACAUUUACAACAAGCACCCUGACUCAGUUCUGUAUUCUGUUCGAGAGGACUUUCAUCACCAUCUGUAGGGACACGGUGCUGACCCACCUCAGGGUGAUGUCCCACAUUUGCAUUGGGGUGCUGAUUGGCCUGUUGUAUCUCAACAUCGGCAAUGAUGCCAGCAAGGUCUUCAAUAACACCGGAUUUCUCUUCUUCUCCAUGCUUUUCCUCAUGUUCGCCGCUCUGAUGCCCACUGUGCUGACAUUCCCCCUCGAGAUGUCUGUGUUCUUAAGGGAGCACCUCAACUACUGGUACAGCCUGAAAGCCUAUUACCUGGCCAAGACAAUGGCAGAUAUUCCAUUCCAGGUCAUCUGUCCCAUCAUGUACUGCAGCAUUGUCUAUUGGAUGACUGAGCAGCCCCCAGAGGCCAGCCGCUACCUGCUCUUCAUGGCUCUGUCCACCUCUACAGCCCUUGUAGCCCAGUCCCUGGGGCUCCUGAUUGGAGCAGCAUCUACCUCCCUUCAGGUGGCUACCUUUGUAGGUCCUGUCACAGCAAUCCCAGUUCUCCUCUUCUCUGGCUUCUUCGUAAACUUUGACACCAUCCCCAAAUACCUCCAGUGGAUUUCGUAUGUGUCCUACGUCAGGUAUGGCUUCGAGGGUGUGAUCCUGUCCAUCUAUGGAAUGAAUCGCUCUGAGCUGGAAUGUCCAACCAAGACAUGCAAGUUCCAGAAACCGGAAGAGGUCUUGCAGCUGCUUGAUGUGGAGGACGCCAAGCUUUAUGUGGACUUCAUGGUACUUGGCAUCUUUUUUCUGGUGCUGAGGCUGGCUACAUACUUAGUGCUACGCUAUAAGGUCAAGUCUGUGCGAUAGGCCCUCCACAGCUCUGUCCUCUCUUAUCCAGGCCUUGUUCACAUUGGUAGAAAGCAGUCAGUCACCAAUGGUUUCCAUGUUAUCUUUUAUACCUUCAGUAAGUGGGCUGUCACGUUUUGAACACUUCCUCAAUUAGUGUUUGAUUUUUACACUUGUGGACUCUGGCUGGACUCAGAUGGUUUUAGGGGGAGAAACUGAGCAAAUCAUCAGAAACUUAUUUCUUCCUGGCAACUUUCAUUAUGUUCAGCAUCACUGAGACCAAGGCUGAACAAAUGGAGCUUCUUUUAGAGAACGGUUUAAGUGGGACUAUCUAGAGGAAUAAGUGAUGGUAUGGAGAAGCAUCAGUACAAUCAUUUAAUGUGCUGCCAAUCUGGUACAGAGAAUUGUAGUCACUGGUUCAAAGAAAUUUAUGCCUUAUGAUUAAAAGAUACUGCAUUUGAUCAGUGAUAUUUCUGUAUUGUAUCUACUGUCAGAACCCUAAAUAUGUUAAAAGACUAACUGCUUGAAUACUGACUGAAUAUGAGUAGUCCUUGAAUAGUCC